UUUGUAGAAUCUGGACGAAGCCGUCUACCAGUCUCCUUUAGCACUAGCGAUAGCGUGUCAAUGUCACACGUACACGAAGUUCUUCACAUACACAUUACAUUGACCAUUGUGCGUUACGCGGAGGAUCUGGAAGGCGUGGACGUGUGUACUUUCUGGUAAUAGAACGCUGCGUGAAGUCGCAUUACUGUUAAUGCGAUAUAGCCCAACUUCAAAAUGUUUUCUUGGCUGAAUAAGGACGAAAACCGUCGAAAGCAGCCCCACACCUAUAAGUCGGUGGUAGAGGGUUUGCAGGAGUUGUACAAGUCGACCAUCUGUCCGUUGGAGGAACACUAUAAAUUCCAUGACUUCCACUCACCGCCCAUGGAUGAGGCCGACUUCCUGGCCAAACCGCUGAUCCUCCUUGUAGGCCAGUACUCGACCGGGAAGACGACAUUCAUCAGGUAUUUACUUGAGAAAGAGUUCCCUGGAAUGCGCGUGGGUCCUGAGCCUACCACCGACAGAUUUAUGGCCAUUGAAAGUGGGGACUCAGACUCCGUUAUCCCUGGAAACGCUCUGGUGGUCGAUCCCAAACGCCAGUACAGAGCACUUGGUAAAUUUGGCAACGCCUUCUUGAAUCGUUUCCAGUGCUCACUCACACCGAGCCCAGUUCUUGAUAGUAUCACAAUCAUUGACACCCCGGGUAUUCUCUCGGGAGAGAAACAACGAGUAGACCGUGGGUACAACUUUGUGGGCGUCCUGGAGUGGUUUGCAGAGCGUGCCGACCGAAUCAUCCUGCUCUUUGAUGCCCACAAGCUGGACAUCUCUGAUGAGUUUCGCCGGUGUAUCGAGGCCCUAAGAGGCAAUGAUGACAAAAUCCGCAUCGUCCUGAAUAAGUCGGACAUGGUAGACCACCAGCAGUUGAUGAGGGUGUAUGGAGCCCUCAUGUGGUCUCUGGGCAAGGUCAUUAACACACCGGAGGUCUCCCGUGUGUACAUUGGCUCCUUUUGGGACAAGCCACUCCACUUUGACAUGAACAGGAAGCUGUUUGAAGCUGAGGAGUUGGACUUGUUCAGGGACAUCCAAAGCUUACCAAGAAAUGCUGCCCUGCGUAAGCUGAAUGAUCUCAUCAAGAGAGCCAGGCUGGCAAAGGUGCAUGCUUAUAUCAUCAGCACUCUGCGUCGUGAUAUGCCCUCCAUGUUUGGCAAGGAAUCCAAGAAACAGCAACUGAUCAACAACCUGGCAGAUGUCUACAAAGAGAUCGAGCGGUCCUACAAUAUAUCUGCAGGUGACUUCCCUCCCAUGAAGCGCAUGAAGGAAGUCCUGGCUGACAUGGACUUUACCAAGUUCCACCAGCUCAAGCCCAAGAUGAUCGAGAAGCUGGACCAGAUGCUGCAGGGCGACAUGACACGUCUCAUGCAGAUGGUGCCCCAGGAGGAAGCUCAGAAGCCCAGUGAUGGCAUGGGCCCGAUACGCGGGGGAGCAUUUGUUGGCAAUGAGACCCCGUUUGGGGCAGGGUCUGGCGAGGGGGCUGAUUAUGGCAAAGGGGAGCUGAAUGAGUGGGUGGUGUCCGAGAAGAAGGACAUAUACGACAGGCUCUUUGAUUCACUCGGUCCAACGGACGGGAAGCUCUCUGGCACGAAGGCCAAAGAGCAGAUGGUGAAGUCCAAGCUGCCCAAUACAGUCCUGGGCCGCAUAUGGAAGCUUUCUGAUGUAGACCGUGAUGGCAUGCUGGAUUCUGAGGAGUUUGCACUGGCCCAGCAUCUUAUUAGCAUCAAGCUGGAUGGGCAUGAUAUCCCAGAGGCCCUGCCUAGACACCUGGUCCCUCCAUCUAAACGCCGCUUUGCACUAGACAUGCACUCUUAGACCCACAGUCAAGCCGAGUGUGUACAUGUAACACAAGUACAAGAAUACAUGUAUGUCAUGGAAAAGCUUGGUGUACAUGUUUAUGUACAUGUACUUUGCAAAGCAUGUACAGUACAUGUGGUGCUGCCCACAUUUGUUUUCAAAAGGUUCUCUAAACAGCAAACCUCACUGAUCACAUUCGAAAGCAAAGGAAUUCUGAUUGCAUUUUUGCGUGUGAAUACAUGUAUGAUGCGAAACGAAACCAAAUGAGUCAAACCACAUAUACACGUGUACUCUGUGGUCCAUGCUGCAUUACAUACAAUGUAAUGUUCAUUUCCUCACUAGAAAAACCACUGACAUGUAAAUCCCCGUACAGCUUGGACCUCCCUUUGUGGGAUCAUUGACGCACAAAUGCCAGAUUGCACUUCAGAUCAUUCUGUAGAUCCUGAAGGAGAGUCCUGGAUGGCAAACGCUCCAGUGGAUUCUCUAUUCUGUCUUGAUUUCAAUUUUUCAGUCUGCUAAGUCCUUGAUUCAGGAAACUCUGUCCAGUGUAAAUAAAAAUAUAACAAAACACAAGUACAAUAAAUGCAUGCUUGGUAAAAACCUCUUGGCAUUAGAAUAUGGCUAAAACAGGAUGUGAAGCAGUACACAUACCCAUGUACAUGUAAGUACAUGCACCUUCACAAAUGUUUUAGUGAAUGCAAAUAAAAAGUUAAGAAUACAUGUAUGUCGACAUGUACAGCAGCGUGUUUAGAAUAUAUGUAAUGGCUUCCAGGCUGUAAGCUACAUCGUGUCUGCUAUGUCAAUUGAUAUUGAGUGUCAUGUACAUGUAUUUGAAACAAGCACUCCAAAUGCGAAAAGUGAAAAGCAGGAAGCGUAGGCAACUUUCAGUAAUGUGUUUAAAAGUUAAGAUUUCCAAAUAUGCUAUCAAUACUCACUGAGUAAAUGCAUGUGGCUAUAUGGUAGAUAACUAUAAAAUAGUGCUAGGACUUUCAUGUAAUCCGUGCAGGAAAAAAAGUACAGGAUAUUUAGCUUUAUUAAUGUAUGUGAUUUGAUGACCUGGGCAAUACACUCGUACAUGUGUCUGCUUGUAAGCAGCCAACUCUUGUCAAGUGAUUUCUUUAUAUACAUUAUGUAAGAGGUUUUAUUGCAGUGUUAAUUAAGAUGUUUCGUUAUAAUCAAAAUUAUAGCCAAAGUGUGUGUAUGCAUCAGACGUUUAAGAAGACGGUUUUUCCAUGUCAGGGCUUAUAUCCAUUUUUUUCCUUGUAUUUCAAAUAGCCGAACCUUGUGUGCUUGUUAAACGGAAGAUGUUAUUUGCAUUAUAGGAUUUUCAGUAUCUUAACCUGAGUUCUUCUGACCUUUAAACAUUUUCAUGCAUAAAUUUCCUUAUUUGUUGAUGAUAAGAACAACAAAUUUCAUUGGAGUUAAGCAGCAUAAUGUAAAUGAACAUGUAAUAUUGUCUGAAGAAACUGUAUUGGACCUGAAUUUUUUUUCAAUAUUACAAUUUAUGGUAAGUAAAAUGAGUAGUUAGUAAUAGGCUCCAAAAGUACUACAUUUCUACUUUGUACUCCAAUGCAUUGUAUAUAUAUUAUGUCCAUUUCAUUAAACACGGUAAUCUGCUUGGAUUUGGGGAUUUGUUAAGAAAUGCAGUACACUCAGAGAAGUGUGAGUGGAAAUGG